CCUAGAUGUCAUCCUACCAUAUUAAAUUACUGAUGGAUUGAAUGUGCAAUCGCCACACGGAUAGGAUCCCACCGUACUCAGCCAGACGACUGUACCGGGAGCACAGAGGAACACCUGAUACCUACAUAUUGUGAUGCAGAUGAUUUGGUUGUCGCACCAGAUACGUAUGAAAAACGUGCCAUUAUCCCAGUUGUACACUCAGACCUUCAAAUCAAAAAUCUGCCAUCUGAUCCUUUAAAAAAGACUGUUAUGCAGAAUGCAAACUACAGAAGUGGUGCUGGAUCCCAAAGAGCUCAGAAAGGGAAGAAGUCUUAUUCGUGUUCAGAAUGUGGCAAAUGUUUUGCUCGGAAAUCACAUCUUGAUAUCCAUCAAAGACAUCACACAGGGGAGAAGCAGUAUUCAUGUUCAGAAUGUGGCAAAUGUUUUACUGAGAAAUCAAAACUUGCGAGGCAUCAGAAAAUUCACACAGGGAAGAAGCCGUUUUCAUGUUCAGAAUGUGGCAAAUGUUUUAGUGAGAAAUCAAAUCUUGGGAGGCAUCAGAUAGUUCACACAGGUGAGAAGCCGUAUUCAUGUUCAGAAUGUGGGAAAUGUUUUACUCAUAAAUACAAUCUUAAGAGUCAUCAAAGACAUCACACAGGGGAGAAGCCGUAUUCAUGUUCAGAAUGUGGCAAAUGUUUUACUCAUAAAGGCAAUCUUGAUAUCCAUCAAAGACAACACACAGGGGAGAAGCCAUAUUCAUGUACAGAAUGUGGCAAAUGUUUUUCUCAGAAAUCAAGUCUUGAGAGCCAUCAAAGACAUCACACAGGGGAGAAGCCAUAUUUAUGUUCAGAAUGUGGCAAAUGUUUUUCUCGGAAAUCAAGUCUUGAUAUCCAUCAAUUAUAUCACACAGGGGAGAAGCCGUAUUCAUGUUCAGAAUGUGGCAAAUGUUUUAUUCUAAAAUCAGAUCUUGAUAUCCACCAAAGACAUCACACAGGGGUGAAGCCAUAUUCAUGUUCAGAAUGUGGUAAACGUUUUGCUAAUAAAUCAAUUCUUCAUAGCCAUCAGAGAAUUCACACAGGGGAGAAAUCAUUUUCAUGUCCAGAAUGUGGAAAAUGUUUUGCUAGGAAAAAUCAUCUUGCCGCACAUUUAAAAAUUCACACAGAGGAGAGGUCAUUUUCCUGCCCAGAAUGUGGAAAAUGGUAUGCUCGGAAAGCAAAUCUUGUUAAUCAUCUGAAAUCUCACACAGAGGAGAAGUGAUAUUAAUGCCCAGAACGUGUUUUACUAAAGAAUGUAAAUUUGAGAAUCAUUAGGGAAGUCACACAGGGGUGCAGCCAUGUUUAUGUUCAGAAUGUGGAAACUGUUUUAUUCAGAAAUAAGCCCUUGUUCAAUAUCAGAGAAUUCAUACAGGGGAGAAGAAGUUCUAACCCCUUCCCAACAUCCUCCAUACAUGUAUGGCGGAUGUUGGGAAUAUAAAGAUGGUGCCCACUCAAGAGUUAAGUAAGUGCCAUAGGCGAAGCAUGCGUGCGGUUUCACACAGCAGCGUCCAUGAUUGGAGAUAGCUCUGAUCGCUGACAUUCCAUCAGAUGCUUUAGCCAACUGCAACCACAGCAUCUGAGCAGUCAUUUACUGGGAGCGAGCGAGGUGUUACAGCUUGAAGAGCAUAUGAAUUAGAACCAUAGAUAACUUCAUAAAACCAAAUAUAACAAUAGCCACAUGAAGUAUAGUGAAUAAAAUAUAUAACAGAGAAUGGAUUGUAGUUCAAGGCCUUUACCAUAGCUACCAUAAACAAACCAUUAGAGAGAUUGCUUACAUGAUAAUGGAGUAUUUUCUGUUCUUACCUAU